AUGGCAGCAAUCAACGCACUCAGCCGCCUCGCCGUCCCCGCCUUCAUCGGCGUCUCGCUCGCCAAUGCCAGUCUCUACGACGUUCCGGGUGGUCACCGUGCGAUCCUCUUCGACCGCUUCUCGGGUGUCAAGGAGGAGCCCAUCAACGAGGGAACGCACUUCCUCAUCCCCUGGCUGCAGCGUCCGAUCCUGAUGGAGACUCGCAUCAAGCCUCGGAACAUCUCGACGACGACCGGCUCGAAGGACUUGCAAACCGUAUCGCUCACCCUCCGUGUCAUGUUCCGCCCCGACAUCCGCCAUCUCGCAACCAUCUACCGUUCGCUCGGCACGACCUACGACGAGCGUGUUCUCCCCUCCAUCGGUAACGAGGUCCUGAAGGCGACGGUUGCGCAGUUCGAUGCGGCGGAGCUCAUCACCCAGAGGGAGGUCGUUAGCGCGCGGAUCAGGGAGGACUUGCUGCGCAGGGCUGGCGAGUUCAACAUCAUCCUCGAGGAUGUCUCUUUGACCCACAUGACUUUCGGCAAGGACUUCACCCAGGCCGUUGAGCAGAAGCAGAUCGCGCAGCAGGAGGCUGAGCGUGCCAAGUUCAUCGUCGAGCGGUCCGAGCAAGAGCGUCAGGCAGCCGUCGUCCGCGCCGAGGGAGAAGCCGAGGCAGCCACAAUCAUCUCGAAGGCGCUGUCAAAGGCGGGAGACGGUCUCGUUCAGUUCAGGCGGAUCGAGGCGUCGAAGGAGAUUGCGGGCACCUUGGCGAACGGCCGCAACGUCACCUACUUGCCUGGAGGCGGCAACGUUCUCUUGCAGGUCCCCUCGCAGCAGUAA